AAAGUUGGAAAGAGGAGGAAGCCAACAAAGAGGCCAUCACGCGCUCCAUUGCAGAGUUUCAGGCCGCCAGCUUCGUCCCCUCCUCGCAGUAGACCGGGUCGGUCGGCUCACCGCCCCGGUGGUCGCCGCCUUCUUUGACGCCUGCCUCCUCCUCCACCUCGCGCCAAAUCUCCAUGUGCGUUUGGCCGAGCUCCACUGGAAGCUUCAAUCUUUGCUGAGCUCUGGCUACUUGAGUCCAGGCUUGUUUCCCCAUCUGAGACCAAGAUUCGGAGCUUCGGCGAGGAUACGCCAUGAAGGGGAAGGGCGGGGCGAUGGACCGGAGGUCCUCCGCGAGGUGGAGGAUGCUGCUGCUCUGCGCAUUCAGCUUCGGCCUCGGCAUGCUCUUCACGGACCGGUUCUGGACAGCACCGGAUACCAGUAAUCAUAUCAUGUCUCAACGCCGGAGGCAAGAUCAAGAGCUGCAACUAGUAUCAGAGGAUUGCAGCACAAAGAAGAAGCAUGGAGAAGACAAGGAUAUAAUGGGAGAGGUAACCAGGACCCAUGAAGCCAUACAAUUGUUGGAUAAGUCCAUCUCAACGCUGCAGAUGGAGCUUGCCGCCAAGCGGAGCACACUGGAGCUGCUCCGCUCUAGUGGCUCACAAGUAACCUCGGAAACUAGCCAACCAAGGAAAAGGGCAUUUGUUGUCAUUGGGGUCAACACCGCGUUCAGCAGCCGCAAGCGCCGUGAUUCGGUCCGGGAGACAUGGAUGCCUCGAGGUGAAAAGCUACAACAAUUAGAAGAACAGAAGGGAAUAGUUAUCCGGUUCACUAUUGGGCACAGUGCUACAUCCAAUAGCAUACUGGACAAAGCUAUAGAUUCAGAGGACGCUCAGCAUCAUGACUUUCUUAGACUGGACCAUGUUGAGGGAUAUCAUGAACUCUCAGCCAAGACAAAAAUUUUCUUCUCAACAGCUGUCAGCAUCUGGGAUGCUGACUUCUAUGUCAAGGUCGAUGAUGAUGUGCAUGUGAACUUAGGAAUGCUUGCCACUACCCUUGCUCGGCAUAAAUCAGAACCAAGAACUUAUAUUGGCUGCAUGAAGUCAGGCCCUGUUCUCGCGGACAAGAAUGUGAAGUACCAUGAACCUGAGUCCUGGAAAUUUGGGGAGGAAGGGAAUAAAUACUUCCGUCAUGCAACGGGGCAGAUAUAUGCCAUUUCGAAAGAUCUUGCGACUUAUAUUUCAAUCAACCAGCCUAUCUUGCACAAAUAUGCAAACGAAGAUGUAUCGCUUGGAUCAUGGUUCAUUGGUUUGGAAGUUAAUCAUAUUGAUGAAAGGAACAUGUGCUGCGGAACUCCACCAGAUUGUGAGUGGAAAGGACAAGCUGGCAAUGUCUGUGUAGCGUCAUUCGAUUGGAGCUGCAGCGGCAUAUGCAAGUCUGUCGAGAGGAUCGCGGAUGUACAUGCUCGAUGCGGUGAAGGGGAUUCAGCUGUCUGGAGUGCUCUUAUCUAGCGAAUACCCUCCGCCGCCCGUAAAUAUGUAGCAUGCGGUGGACAUCUACACAGGCAACUGCUCAAGUAAACCUCGACAAGACUCUGGAUCAUGCCCCAUCGAAUUAAUCUGGAAUUGCAGAAAACGGGACGCAGCUAAUGGACACAUAUAGCUUUGCUGGGCAAUCUGGUGACAGAUGUAGCUUACAGAUGCUUGUUGAGAUAUUUUGAUGGAUGGACAUACUUUUGUCUGUCACCGCUGGUGACUUUGGUGGUGUUAGAACUUAGGAGACCAAAGUAGCGGCUGCAACUGAUGUUCCUGAUCUUUCAUGUAGGGGAGAGCGUCUCUGCUCGUGCGUAUGAAAGUAGAGAUCAGGUAGUGUAGAGAACAUUGUUUCAUGCAAAUUUUGACAUUCUUUUCACGUGUUCCUUUUUGCUCAAUUCAUGCAAAGAAUGUAUCCUGCACUGACA